AUGGACGAACAAAAUACAGAAAUCUAAUUGGAAGAAUAUCAAAAAUUAGAUUUAAAAAAUAAGGAAAAUAAUAAGGAAACAAAAUUCAUGAACCAAUAAUUUAGUCAAUAAUAUAAGAUCUUUAAAUAAAUCAAUUAUUUUAAAAGUAAACUAUUAACUAUUACAAGAAAAGGAAUUAAGACAAAAUGGCAAAACCCAAUGUUAGAUUAACCAGGAUGUUUUGAAAAAUGGGAUCUUAAAGGCUUUUUUGUUUACUGGUAGACCUCCAUAAGAGCAUUUAGUGCUUAUAAUGGAGAGAAUUAAUCCAUAACCUUCGAUUAUUUUAUAUUAAAAAUUUUCCUAUGUUAAUUAAGAAUAAAUAUUAGAAAUAUUCUUAAAAUUAUCAAAAAUUAGUUCAACUUUCUUAAUUAUAGAAUGGGAUGUGAUGUUUUGA